CCGCGAGUUCCAAACCCCUGUCCGCCUGACUUCUGCGCCCGGGCUCCACCAACAUUCGUUUGCUAGCUGGUACAUCGUUGUGGUAACCACAGUUCUAGCUAGUAAACAGAAGUUUUGAAUUGCAGUAUUAAGACGUUUCAGCCGACUGCAGCCAAAUCUGCUUCGAAAAUUGGUCAACGCUACUCUUUAAUUUUGGUGAUCGAUUUUAAUUUUUAGUAAGUUGCAUAGAUACCAGCCAACGAUAGUUGUUUUUUGGAGCAAUACCACGGAACAUUCCACAACUGAGUUCAAUUGAAUUCGUCUCGUCAGACACAGUCAGUACCAUUGAAACUAGAAAAAGCACACAUAAUAGUAAUGUUGCUUGAAUGGGCUCGUUUAACCUGUGAUUGUGGCAGUCUCAGGUCGUAAAUACUGAGUGGUUUAUUGGAUGGAACUAGAAUCCUCUGUUAAACCACACGCGCAGCUGUGUGAAAACGUGUUGCUGUUACCGUCGAAUCCCCUGGCGCCCCACUUAACCAGUGAUCAGACAAUCUACAGGUGCCAAGGGUGUUUCCCGCUGACAGGGGAGGAAGCACAGCAGGUGCACGCGCGCAGCCAGGCGACCAGCGCUGGGUGUGUCCGGAAUGGCGGGCGGACGGAGGGGAGCCAAUCGCACCUCUUACUGCCGCUCUCCCUUGAGCAGCGAACCGGGCUCGGUCGGCAACGGCAACCACUCCACCAGCUCCCCGGUGACGGGGGUGCGGUCCCGGACCAGGAGCGGGUCCGGCACGGGGAUCUCCAGCCCCCCCUUGGCGGCGCAGACGGUGGUCCCGCUCAAGCACUGCAAGAUCCCCGACCUCUCCAUGGACCGGAACGUUCUGUUCGAGCUCCACCUCUUCUUCUGCCAGCUCAUCGCGCUCUUCGUCCAUUACGUCAACAUCUACAAGACCGUCUGGUGGUACCCUCCCUCCCACCCGCCCUCGCACACGUCUCUGAAUUUUCACCUCAUUGACUAUAACAUGCUGGUGUUCACCAUCAUUGUGCUGGCUCGCAGGCUGAUUGCCGCAAUAGUGAAAGAGGCCUCUCAGAGCGGGAAGCUCUCGUUCCCGCACUCCAUCUUCCUGGUGACGGCGCGCUUCGCUGUGCUCACGCUGACGGGCUGGAGCCUGUGCAGAUCGCUCAUUCACCUCUUCAGGACGUACUCCGUCCUCAAUCUGCUCUUCCUGUGCUACCCGUUCGGCAUGUACAUCCCCUUCUUCCGGCUGAACUGCGACUUCCGGCGCGCGGGGACCCUGUCGCCCAUCACCAGCAUCGGGUCGAAGGAGGUGGGGGGCGUGGCCGGGGGGCGGGACUACCUGACGGUGCUGAAGGAGACGUGGAAGCAGCACACCAGCCAGCUGUACGGCGUGCAGGUCAUGCCCACCCACGCCUGCUGCCUCUCCCCCGACCUCAUCCGCAAGGAGGUGGAGUACCUGAAGAUGGACUUCAACUGGAGGAUGAAGGAGGUGCUGGUCAGCUCCAUGCUCAGCGCGUACUACGUCGCCUUUGUGCCCGUCUGGUUCGUCAAGAGCACGCAGUACGUGGACCGGCGCUGGUCCUGCGAGCUCUUCAUCCUGGUUUCGGUCAGCACCUCCGUCACGCUCAUGAGGCACCUGCUGCCCCCCCGGUACUGCGACCUGCUCCACAAGGCCGCCGCCCACCUGGGCUGCUGGCAGAAAGUGGACCCCUCCCUCUGCUCCAACGUCCUCCAGCACAUAUGGACAGAGGAGUACAUGUGGCCCCAGGGGGUCCUGGUGAAGCACAACAAGAACGUGUUCAAAGCCAUGGGCCACUACAACGUAGCAGUGCCUUCGGACAUCUCCCAUUACCGAUUCUACUUUUUCUUCAACAAGCCGCUGCGAAUAUUAAACAUCCUCAUAAUUCUGGAGGGAGCGAUGAUAUUCUACCAGCUGUACUCCCUGAUGUGCUCGGAGAAGUGGCAUCAGACCAUAUCCCUGGCAUUAAUUCUGUUCAGCAACUACUACGCCUUUUUCAAACUGCUUCGGGACAGAAUAGUUCUGGGGAAGGCCUACUCGUACAUGAACAGUUCGGCCGACCAGAAGAUAAGUUAACUCUCCCUUGUUCGGCCUUUUGGGGAAAAUGAGAAAUGCGCAUGAGAGCUUUGUAUUUUUUCUACAGUUGGAUUUUUUUUUUUUGUGUUGUUGAUGUUUUUUUUUGUUCUGAUCUGCCAUAAAUAAAGAAGAAGCAUAUUUUUGUAUUCCCUUAA